GCCGGUAAAACAUGAAAUAAUUUAAAGACAUCUAGUUUAUUGAUAUUAUCAGUGACACAGAUGUGUGUAACAGGAUAUAUAUUUUUUAAACAAAUAUUUCCAUACCGAAACUUGCCUUGACAUGGUACUUAAUAAAUAACUCUUGUGGUCUCAUUUUAAUUUUCAGCUGGGGUUACAACGAGAUAUACCGGAGAAUAAAAAAGUAAGUCUGUUACAGGGUUAACGUUGCCACUAGGAUAUAUUCAGAUAUAAACAAGGACCAUUUUACAUUGAUGUGCAGAAUGACAGGCGUUGACAUGGUGCUACUGGUAUUCGCAUUGCUUGCAUGUUUAAUUUCAUUUUCUUCUGGACUCUUCUCGAAUGUUGAAAAGGAAUUCAAAGGAAAACUCGAGCCCCUGGAUCCCAACAAAUGCGAAACACAGAAUAUCACGUUCACAAGUACAUUACUCGACGAUCCAAGACCAAACUCUUCUAUUGGGUUUGCAUUUAAGAAGAUAAGUACAAAUAAAAAAUAUGUUGCAGUGGAUAUUGACAGGGUAACAAAGAUCAAUGAGACAGUAUCGCAGUUUACAGAGUAUAACCUUACGCUGGAAAACGAAGAAGCUACGAAACCUGUGUAUUUCUAUAUUAGAAGUUACUACUGGGAGGACUUUGGUGAUACUGAUGACAAAUUGCAGCUUGGAGAAACAACUUCCGUUCGAGUUUACCCACUGCCUGAAAAGGUGCAAGAUUUCAACUGCAUUGUGCGGAACUACAAGACAAUGAAUUGUAGUUGGAAUUAUGGGAUAGAGUAUGUACCCGACACUAAACCAGAAGUAAUAUUUCAGUGGAAAAGCUCGUCAGUAUCGGCACCGUGGAAGAAUUGUAGUGAUCUCAACAUAGACAAUGGAUAUUGUUACUGGACAAAUUUGACAGCUGGAUACUUUGAAAACAGUAACAUUACAAUUAGGCUAACAUUAAAUCAGCAUUGUGGUAUCAACGUCUCUUCCGUGUUUCCUAUAGACAUAUCAAGAAUUGUGAAGCCAAAUCCCGUUUCCAGAAUUUCAUCAAAAGUAGUAAACAGUACUUGUAUCCAGUUGUUAUGGAAUACAACUGAUUCAGAACCACAACAUCCGAAAGAGCAUCGAGUUAUAGUAUUUGCUAAAGGAACUAAUGUAAAGGAAGUACGCUUUAAUACUACAAAGUACACUGAACAAUUUCCACAUAGUCGGACAUUCUGCAAACUCCAUCCAUAUACAGAGUACACGUUUAGUGUAAGCAUACAACCAACUGGCACCUUCUCCGGCUAUUUCAGCGACCCGAGAAAUAGCGUAUCAAUGACUUAUUCAGACAUACCAAGUGCUAGUCCAAAAGUGACUGAAGGAGGUUACAGGUGGAAACAUCGAGACUGCGAAGGAAAAAAUCAGAAACGGAAAGUUUGUAUAUUUUGGAAGUCAAUCAAAGAAGAACAUGAAAAUGGGCCUAUGAAAGGUCUAAAGGGAGAGUUUAUUGCAAUUCAUAAGAAAGAGAAGUCCGUUCAAGAAGACUGGUCUGAAGAUUUGACGUACGGUUGCUCCCAGUUGCUAUGUGACACAACCUAUAACUUCACUGUUAAGGCAAGAAAUGUAAAUGGUACAUCAGAAAGAGUAUCAACACUCACAAUACACAGUUUCACUACAGAAAUUAAACGUCCGCAGUUCAUUGUGGAAUCGGCAAACACCUCUGACGUUUACAUCAGCUGGGAAGACACAGGGGAUUCUAGUGCCGAAAAAUUCACAGUAGCCUGGUGCCAUAAUAAAGAUGGAGACUGUGAGUCAGAUCAUGAGGUGCAUUGGAGAAGUUUCCCUUCAGGUACAAAUAACGCCGUUUUACAAACAAAUGCAUCACCAUCACAGUUUUUGUACGGUGUAGGUGUAUUAACACAACAAGGCAGCAGUGGUGUAGACUGGCAGGAUUGUGUCUAUCUGAAAGAUAUAACCCCCAAAAGGGAGCCUCAGAAUAUGGUCGUGUCUCCAGGAUCUGAGGAUAACACACUGAUUGUCACAUGGGAUAAACUGACAUGCCGGUCCGAUGAGCCGUAUAUUGACAUGUAUAACGUGCGAUAUAACAAAGUAAAUGACAGAUACCAGAAAUCCGUCUAUGUGAAGCAGUCAGGUGAAGCAAGAGCUGUGCUAAGAGACUUGGAGGAGGAUCAAGUGUACGUUGUGACAGUCAGAGGGGCCACAAGAGAUGGACGUUAUGGACCAGACAGUCUGCCAAUGACAGGCGUACCAGUAAAUAAAAGUUUAAAGCCGUCAGAAAUAAUAGGAAUCUCUAUGGCUGUGCUGGUGGGUGUAAUAUUAGCGGGAGUUGGAGUUUUCUGUGCAGUGAGAAGGUGUAAAAGGAGAGCACAAGAAGUUAUAAAACAAGCUGGAGCUAUUACCAUACCUGAUGCUCCUGCUCAAGAAGUUUACACACACAUUGGACGUCAAGAUAGUAACGACAGUGGAUUUGAAACGACCCCACCACCUGAUAAAAGUACGAAGAGAUUAAGCAGCAUAUCCUUUGUUCUACCAAAUGACUAUCGUUGUGAAACUGUAUGCAACGGUGACAAAGAACCUUCGGCAACUGAUAUGUACGUGCUCAAUCCGGAAAUGACGCGUCCAGUGCACGUACGCCCGGAUAUGUCAAUGCUCCAAAAUGAGCUCUUAGGGGCAACAUUACAGGAUAGAAAGAAAUCAAAUUUAACGCUUGUUAUACCUAAACCCGUUGCAUUUAUUGAACAGACGGAAAGUGGAAUGUCCUUGUCUAGAGAAGAAAACAAUUUUGCAAUGGACACUAUGAAAGACAAAAGCAUUGAUAAUGUGAAGUCUAAGAGAGUACCUCCUGAUUCAGCAGAUGACACUGUUAAUGGCAACGCCCCAAUAAUUACUAACAUCCCUUGUCCAAAAGUAAUGUUGGAACAUAAUGAUUCUUCUUUUGGUCAUGUAAAUGAAUAUUUGCCAUCGCUAAGUGAGGAUAAUUGCCAUCACUCAAUGGAUAUUGCGUCCUCCUCAGUUGUCCCCCAGUCGAAACCCCCUCUAACUUGUACAGGAAAUAUCAUACAAGACAAUGAAAAGUCUUAUCGUUCAGGUUACGUAACAACCACCGCUUCCCCCAGUUUAUUUCAACAAAGUAACCAUUUAUCAACUGGCUUGAGGAGAGACAAAUCAGACAUAAGUGAUGUUUCAGAUAAACAUUUAUCUGGACCAUGCACCGAUUCAAAUAAUGAUACACUUCCUCAGUAUCCAAAAUCACUCAUUGCACAAAACCCAGACACUUUUAUCGCAGAUAAUAAAUCAAUUAAAGACCCUAAUACGGAAUCGGGGUCAUUGACUACUUCCCCUGCAACAUCGUCUGAAACACCUGAUUGUCGUAAACAAUCGUACACUGCUCAUGGUCAUUAUGUCUCUCAAAAAACGUUACCAGCCGACACCACUGCCAUUGAAAAUGCCAUUCUUUUAAACAAUUAUCAGCUACUUAUUGGGCACCCUUGUGCUAUCCAGACUUCUACCGGUGGGGUUCAGAAUAAAACUGUAUCCGAAAAUACAUGUACAAACGGCUAUGUUCCUCAUUCUUACACCAUUCAAGACAACAAUAUGACUUGCAGUAACGCCGCCUUAGGUGUCAUGAAAAUCGACGGCUAUGUGCCUCAUGUAAAUAUGUUUACAGAUAAUGUAAUGUCUGAUGCUGUUCAAAGCUAUAUCCCUAAUGGUAUAAAAAACCGUAAAAACAAUCCUGAUUCACAUUCUUUACCAGAAACUUUCGCAGUUGAUACUAAUGUGGAUCCAGGCUAUGUCUUCUCAACAGAUGUAAACGUGGUUUGCCAACCAACGGAGCGAAAGUAUCAGUCAGAUGUGAAGAGUAUCGAACGGGCUAAACACGAAUAUAAUAAUCAUGCAAGUAAAGCUGAUGAAGGAAUUACGCACGGACAAAUACCGAUUGAACCGUUUAACCAUGUGAGUCACAGAAAUACAAAACCAAAGAAUACUAGUACUGAAGACGUGAACAACACUCCAAUUCAAAACUGUGUUGAUAAUAUGCGUGAACUGCAAAGAGAAUGUGUAUGUCUUAAGGAGAAAGCUGGGAAUGAACAAGAAACAGAAUCUCAAUGUAAAGCCAUGCACAAAGAUGGUUACAUCUCUCAUUUAGUUAUGUAGAAAAGAAGAGAAAAGUACGCCGGGCCGCAGAAUAAGGAAUGCUAAGAUGGAAUAAAACCUUCACUGUCUACAUUAUUUGUGAAAUAUAAAUCUACUUUCUGAGCUUGGAAGACAGACGAUGAAAUCAAUCACAACGACGACACAGGAUUAAAUAGUCCAGAAUUAAACAAUGCACGACUGUUUCAUCUGAUAAGGCAACGUGUAAAAUUUGCUAUUAAGUAUAUUGUUUGGUUGCAUUCUGUGCUUUCGUAAGGAUGGUUUCUUGGAAUUGAAACUCUUGUUUCUCGAUCCCGAACUUACAUAUUUCGGUCAAUUUCUUUAGUUACAUGUAUAGAAUCAGACCAAGAACUCGUACUAAAUUACACGUUAUCGCAUUUUACAUAUAAACAUUGAUCCAGAUAAGGAACAAAUACAAAUUAACAAUUAACCAUAAAGUUAAAAACAAAUCGCCAAGCACAUUAUCUAAUUAAAUGCGUUUACAUAUCAAAGUAACGGACUUUCUUAAAAAUAUUUAUUUAAAUUUUGAUUAGUUAUGUACUAUUUGAAUGUAUUAAUUGUAACUUAUUGUAACUUAGGCUUGAUCGUGUAAAUUUGCCGUUUACUUAUAUCAGAGUGUGGUUUCAUUGCGUGUACAAAAAGUGUGAAUUUAACUUCUUUUUACAUAAUCAGAAUAUUCGUGUUGCAUGUUGAGUGUCUCACUCGCUCCCAUAUUUCCGAACAUAUUGUCAAAUACAUUUUCGUUUUCAUCUCUAAAAUAUGUAAAUUAAAUUUGUUAAGCAUUUUUUAA